AUUGUUACACUCGACGGACUUUCGAUUAACUUUGUGACAUCAGCUCAAGUUAGUCGCACAAAGUGGGACCUUAUGAGUGCCGUUUGUUUGGAAAGGAAGCCGGUGUUAUCCGGGGAGUUAAAUGAAAUUGAACGAAAGUUUUCAAGAAUGCUUGCAGACAUUGAGUUAGAGAACAGCCAUAAAAGUGAUCAUGAAGUGAGGUACGAAACAGAAACUUUGCAGGCUGAGCUUUUAAAGAGCAAGUCAUUGGACCUGGAUAUAGAGCAGACACUUCAGCAAACUGCACAGGACUUUGAGGAUGCCGCAGUAGAUGAAUACAACAAAUUUGUAUUUGAAUCUAGGAUAACAGAAGCAGAUAAAGCAAAUGAUUUGCAGAACCUUGAAAGGAAAUUAGACAGACAUUUGUUACUUCUAGUUCAACAAAAACAAUGGGACCAGAAAAUUUGGGCCUUGCCUCAAGGAUUGCAAAAGGAUGGAGAAACUAUGCUACAGACAGCAGAAAGGGUACUGAGAGAAAAGUGUGGGGAUGAUUUAACAGUACAGUUUUAUGGGAAUGCUCCUUGUGGUGUUUAUAAGUAUAAGUAUCCAAAAAUGUUUGUAAGCCGUGAAGAAGAAGGUCCAGUUGGUGCUAAAGUGUUUUUCUUUAAGGCACAGUACAUUGCAGGAUAUGUGGAUCAUAAUAAACUGAAACUUCAGGAAUUCAAAUGGUUAGGAAGAGAGGAACUAAUGUCUAGUUUAUCCCAAGAAUAUUACAGAAACAUUAGUCAGUUUCUUAUCGAUGAAGAGUGAAAUUCUUUAAUGUAUUUUAAAUAUGUUCAGUGUUUGUGUUAGUAGUGUUUGAUAUUUUGGGUGCCAGCAGGUUUUACAAGUUGUAGUUGAAAGUACAGUAUUUCUAAUAUUCCAGUGGGAACAAACCUGCCUUGAAUACCUGUCAUUUAUAUAACAUGUUUGUACUUACAUAAAGGUUCUAAAAUUGCUGGUUGCUAAGUUGCUGUGAUGUAUAGAAAUUAAUUUGUAGUGUGAGUUUUUCAGUAUAUGUUACAAAUAUGUGAAGUAUUUCAUUUGGCAAAACAUAAAUUGAUUUGCUUUGCACUAGCUUUGUUUACAUAUGGAGCAGUUCAUUGAAGAGACAGCCAUUUUAACACUACCAUGUGUUAUAAAAUACCAGCUUCAUUAGUGUCAUCACUCAGGAAAGCAGUGCAUUGUAGUACACGCAUUGAAUGAGGAUCUAUGCCCAUUUGAAAGUGCUGUCCUUAAAAGCAUUAUACAUACUCUGAUUUUAAGCAGCUGGUGAAUUUAAUUAGCAUCCUCAAGUGUUCUGAAUGAACAAUGUGUGAGAGGCAAGAGCAAAUUAAUAUCACUUUCUAACUUUGAUAAUCACAUCUUUAUGGGCCUUAUGAAUUUGGAGGUUUGUGUUGGUGUCUGUGGAUUGUACUUACAAACCACAAAUUUCAUAAGGAAAUCUGAAAGAUGGGUUUGGCAGAGAAGAUCAAAGCUUCACCCAGAUCACUGAAUUAUCAUUAUGAUUUGCAUGCGCAAAUCACUAUACUUUCAUUAUGACAUGAGCCAGCAUGUGGUAGUUUAUGAAUAAAUUUGAUAUUAGGCCAAUCAGUGGCCCCCAUGCCAAGUAGACCCAGUUGGACUCCACCCCCCAUGAAGUGAAUUAAAAAAAAAUUAAUUUAAGGCAGUAUUGGCCAAGUUUCAUAUCAUUGUGAUGGAACCAUAUUCUCCUGAUCUAGGUCUGUUUUUUUUCCAAGUUUUACACCGAAUUUGAGAGUUAGUCCUUGUUCUGAAAACUUCAACAAUUAUUUGUAAAACAAUAGCAGAAACAAGAUUUAAUACCGGUCAAAGAAAGCUGGAAGAAGGUGGUUAUAACUCAAACCAAUUGUGCUUGGAUUCCAGUUUCUGACUGUGUACUCCCAGUAUGAAUCUUAUGCCAGUUCAUCAGAAUGCAUAGUAAUAUAAUUCCCCUGUGGUUUGGGAGAAAAAUUUUCAGUCCAGAAAUAAAUCAUUAGGAUUACUUUUGA